AUGUUAAAGAGACACUCUGCUGUUUUCUCUGAUACGUUAGGCACCAUGAAGGGAGUGAAAGCCAGGCUCACUCUCAGACCAAACAGUGCCCACAAAUUCUGCUCACCACGCAACGUGCCAUAUGCUCUCCGACCGCGAGUGGAGGCCGAGCUGAAACGCCUGACUGAGCUUGGCGUCAUCUCACCUGUGGCGCAUAGUGACUGGGCUACGCCCGUGGUGCCCGUGAACAAAAAGGAUGGCACUGUGAGACUCUGUGGGGAUUUCAAAGUCACCCUCAACCCAGCUCUGUGCAUCGACAAGUACCCAAUCCCCCGUAUUGAGGACUUGUUCGCUUCUCUCACUGGAGGUCAACGCUUCAGUAAGCUGGAUCUGUCCAAUGCGUAUCUACAGAUGGAAGUAGAAGAGAGCUCCAAGAAGCUGCUGACCAUCUCAACACAGAAAGGACUUUUCUGCUUCAACCGCUUACCGUUUGGGGUAACGUCAUCGCCUGCCUUGUUCCAGAAGACAAUGGACCAGGUGCUCCUCGGACUGCCACACACUCACUGCUACCUGGACGACAUACUUGUCAGUGGUCUUGACGAGCAGACACACCUGAAAACCCUGGAUGCAGUACUCAGCAGGCUUAAGGAAUACGGCCUGCACCUCAAGCAAGAGAAAUGUCUCUUCUUCCAGGAGUCCAUGGAAUACCUGGACCACAUCAUCGACAAGUCACCGGAGAAGGUAUGCGCCAUCAUGGAAGCACCAGCACCAGGCGAUGUAAGUCAACUUCGAUCUUUCCUAGGAAUGCUUAACUAUUAUGGACGCUUCAUCCCUGACGUGGCCACUGUGCUAAAGCCAUUGAACGAACUGCUGAACAAAGAAAAGAAAUGGCAGUGGACGUCAGCCUGUGCAUCAGCGUUCCAGAAAGCUAAGACACUCCUGGUAUCACAAGAGGUGCUCACACACUACAACCCUGAACUGCCUCUCUGCCUCGCUUGCGACGCUUCACCCUAUGGGGUCGAAGCUGUCCUCUCUCAUGUCAUGCCGGAUGGCGAUGAAAAACCCAUCGCCUAUGCAUCCAGAACUCUCAGCAAAGCAGAACAAAAUUAUGCUCAGAUUGAGAGGGAGGCGUUAGCGAUAGUCUUUGGAGUACGCAAGUUCCACCAGUACCUGUAUGGCAAUACCUUCACUCUACUCACUGACCAUCGCCUGCUUACAACCAUCCUCAGUCCAGUGAAAAGCACACCAUCCAUGGCUGCAGCUCGCAUGCAACGCUGGGCGCUCCUGCUCUCCGCUCACAAUUACACCAUCGAGUACAUGAAAGGGGCCCUACAUGCCAACGCUGAUGGACUGUCGAGGUUACCGCUUCCUCAUGCCCCCAGUGAGAAACAAGGUGCAGUGGAGGUGUUCUACACAUCACAGUUGGACACAUUGCCAGGCAGCAACGCCGAGAUCAAGCGUCACACCAUGUCUGACUCCACCCUUUCCCGUGUCAUGGAAAUGCGCCGCCAUGAUCUCACUGUGCAGCACGGAUGCCUCAUGUGGGGUUUGAGAGUGACUGUGCCCCCCAAACUAUGCCCCCGGGUGCUGAAAGAGCUACACUCAGCACACCCAGGUGUAGUAAGGAUGAAGAGCUUAGCUCACAGCUACGUGUGGUGGCCAGACAUUGACUCCCAGAUCGAGCACCAAGCAAAGACACGCCACUCAUGUCAGCAUGUGCAGAAAGACCCUGGCCUAGCACCCUUACACCCGUGGAUGUGGCCAUCCAGUCCCUGGGAACGGAUACAUGUGGACUUUGCCAGUCCAUUUGAAGGGCACAUGUACCUGGUCGUGGUGGACGCACACUCCAAAUGGCCUGAGGUACACAUCAUGGAUAGCACCACAUCCAGCAAGACCAUCCAAGUGCUUAGGGGAUUUUUUAGUCGCUAUGGCAUUCCACACAGUCUUGUGAGUGACAACGGCCCUCAGUUCUACUCUGAGGAAUUCAGCAUGUUUCUGAAAGCCAAUGGAGUCAAACACAUUCGCUCAGCACCGUACCACACUGCCUCCAAUGGCUUGGCAGAGCGAUUUGUGCAAACCUUCAAGCACGCUCUGAAAUCUUCCAGAGGAACUACACCAGUGCAACAGCAUCUGGAUACGUUCCUCCUGACAUACCGCAACACCCCUGAUGCAACAACCAAGGAAAGCCCUGCAAUGCUGUUCAUCGGACACAAGUUGCAUUCUCGAUUGGAUUUCUUGAAACCAAGUGUGGCUGGAGCAGUGCACCAGUCACAAGAGGCUCAACAGUAA